UCAGGAGCUGGGGAGUGUAUCACAUCAGAGAGUGUCCUUACAAAGAUAGUCAGACCAGUGUGUGUGUGUGUGUGUGUGUGUGUGUGUGUGUGUGUGUGUGUGUGUGUGUGUAAAGGAAGGGGAGGAGCUCACACACAUGCGUCUGCUCCAGAGAAAACAGCAAAGAGUUUUUGAGAAAAAGCUUCAAAGCAGAAACGGACUGAAGAAACAGAAAGAAAGAAAAAGAGUCUGAAGCUGCAGCAGGAUGGAAGUGACAUCACACUCCAACGGCUCUGACAUCACUGAGAGUGGAGCCAGUAAGAACCCCAACCUAUCAGAAGCCAUCUCGAGUCAGCCAACAGCCAAUGGGACGCUCCCACAUCACAGCACAGAGGAGGCUCCGCCCCCGCUCUUAGAUAGGUCAGAGGACGGUAACGCCAGCGAGGAUUCUUUGACAGGCAGCUCCUCCACCAACGACAUCGCUCAGCUCCUGCCCUCACAGCCCGCCUCUGCUCUCCGAAAACACAAAGGUGUUGACAGCUCGCCAGUGUCUCCUCCGCCCGUCUGUGCCCCUCCAUCUUCCUCCUUCACCUCUCCUCCUCCUCCUCCUUCCCCCUUCUCUCAGUCGUCCACCUGCAACAGACACAGCUGCAGCCUUCCUCAUCAUCAUCAUCAUCAUCAUGGGAGCACCAAUCAGAAGCGUCUCUCCUCCACUAAAAGCCACGCUUCCUUCAAGACCAAUGCCGCCCACAUUAAGGAGGUUGCUGGAGAUGGUGAGCCAAUCAGCUUCGACCUCCGGAAACGUAAAGUUUGUGCUGAGGUCACAUGGUCUGAAAGUUUCAUCCUCUGGAGCAGGACUGAGGUCAGACACAGACAGACAGAAAAGCAAGACGUCUGCAUAAAGACGCAAAGAGAUGGGGGGCCAGAGACACAGAGGGACAGUCAGAGACAGACACAUGGACAGAGACAGACAGAGGGACAGUCAGAGACAGACAGAGGGACAGUGUUUGGGUGUGACAGGAAGCAGAAAGCCGAACACACUCUCAUCUCACUGUUUAUCAGCUGAACACACUCAGCACAGACGUCUGCUUAUCUCCGCUGCACACGCCCAGACUGACGACCCCUCCCAGCACCAGCACCAGCACCAGCACCCGCCUCCACCCAAACACCCCACAGACCCACAGCAGGAGCUGAGCAGGAGCUGAGGCCUGUGUUGGUUUUGAUCUUUCACUGUUUGGUUUCAUCGGCUCUGACGUUUGUGCAGAGUCAGCAGCUUGUUUUCAUUUUCUCUGUGAACCUGCAGUGGACAAGAGACACUGAGUCAGAGUCUGCUGCUUUACAUCACUCGUGUUUUCCUCACAGACUAAAGCUGAAGUCAGUGCUCUGCCUGAGAGACUGCGCUCAGGGCUGAGAGGAUCAGAAACCAGUCACAGAGAGGGAGACAGUUCACGUCCAAACUCAGAAUUAGUCCUGAUCAAAGCUGGACUGAAACGUCCGUCUGACCUUUGCUUCUCCUGACCUGUCUCUUCUGAUUGUCUGUCUCUGCAGACUGUUGCGUUCACUGUCCCCUGACCUGUCUCUUCUGAUUGUCUCUGCAGACUGUUGCGUUCACUGUCUCCUGGCUUGUCUGUUCUGCGAGCUGUUGUCCAUGUGUUCAGCCGUGGGGGAGUGUCUGGCAUGUGGAGUGGGAGGGGCCGGGUGUUGUGACGCUACAGUUGGCUGCUGCUGC